AUGAUUAUCACAAAACCCGAACAAAAACUAGCUAAUUAUACUUGUGAAGCAACAACCUGGUUAAUUGAAUCAUCAUCAAAUUCAAGCUACAUUGAAUUUUAUAAAUGCUGCUUAGCUGUAUUCAAUUUGAAUCAUCAUGGACAUGAUUUACGCAAUGUUAUGGAUGGUGGCGGUGUCUGCGCUUAUAUCAGAUUACAACUUAAGUGUUCUAUUAAUAGGAAUUAUAACAAGGUGAAUGAAAAUAAUAUUGAAGAAGUCAACAGUCAAGAAAUUUCAAAAUCGCCUGAAAUU